AACGAUAUUUUGUUGCCCAUGUUUUGUAAACACAUUUUACGUUUGAAAUUGCUGGAACCGAAGUUCAAGUUCUCAAGAGUUACAAGUUUUAGGAAAAUUUAGUGAAUUUUCAGUUUUCUAGUUGCAUUUUUACAAUGACCACUACAAAAAUAGACCAGAAGGAGUAUCUGAAGCGUUACCUCUCCAACGAUAAGGACAAAAAGAAGAAGAAAAAGAAAAAGGACAAAUCGGCUGGCAAAGGAGCAAACGUACGAAUAAUAGACGCCGAUGACUUCAGUUCGCACGUGCAGCACGAAAUCGAAGAUGAAUCGGAUUUGUUGGCGCUGGGCGAAGAGGCGCCUCAAAUUGUUGGUAUCAUUGACGAGCGCCCUCCGGAACUGAAGGCCAAGGAGGAUUUCAGCAGCAGCAAGUGGAAGAAAUUGUCCGCCGAUGAUGGCGAUAGAUGGGGGACUGUUGAUUUGGUGGGUAGCUCCGUUAACCAGUCUAGCAGAUCACGCCGGAGGAACUCGGAUGAAAGUCCUCCGAGGAAAGGAAAACGAGUUCCGGAACCGGAUGCAAGUCCUCCAAGAAAGUCUCAAGGGAAAGGACGACGUGGAAGCAUAGACGAAAGCCCACCAAGGAGGAAGAAAUCCAGUAAAAGAAGGGACUCUGAUGAAAGUCCUCCCCGAAGAAAAGAAUCUAGUCCUGGAAGGAGGACUACAAGAGUGGAGGACGAUUAUCCUUCAAGAAAAGCGAAAGGAUACGAUUCGGAUCACAGCCCACCAAGAAAAAGAGGGAACAACGACGAAAGUCCGCCGCGGCGAUCUCACAAAGAACGGAAGCGCCGAAACUCCGAUGAAAGCCCCCCGAGGCGAUCCAGAAGACAGUCUGAUUCGGAUCAAAGUCCUCCUAGGAAGCGCCAAGAUGAUUCCCGAAAAGCUAGGAGACGAAAGGAUUCCGAUUCCGACGUGAGUCCACCCAGACGUUCCAGCAAGCCGGAUCACAAUCGUGUGAAACAGGAGCGUAGUCCUUCGCGAGCAUCGGAAUUCAGUCUGCGGCGGGUCAAACAAGAACCUCCGGACUCCGACGAAAGCCCUCCCAGACGAACAAGACGUCGAUCUCCGAGUUCCGAUCAGAGUCCACCUCGACGGGUGACGAAACGUGAACCCGCCAGUCCCCCCGUAAGGGUCAAGCGAGAACGCAGAAGCGAAUCGCCCCGAGCCGGACCAUCCACGUCCCGAAAGAUGACCACCACAUUGGAUGGGAAACGGGCCGGCUUGCAGGAUGCUCGUGCCCUCAAGGAGGAAACGGAAAAGUUCCGUCGAAGGGAGACCGAGCUGUUCGAUAGGAUGUCCGCCGAUGCUUCUGGACGGUAUGCCAAAACGGUGGUCCGGGAGAAGUCUGGGAAGCGACGGGACGUCGAAGAGGAGUUGCGGAAGGAGUUUGAGAAGCGGAAGCGGGACGAUAAGAAGAAGGAGAUUUACACACGUUGGGGAAAAGGUGUGAAACAAGUAGAGGAAUACAAAACUCAACUGGAGGAGGCAGCACACGAGAUGAACAAACCACUGGCCCGGUACAAGGACGACGAAGAUCUGGACGAUUACCUGAAGCAGCAGGAACGGAUCGGCGAUCCCAUGUUGGAAUACAUGCGCAGCAAGAAAAAGGAAAAAGAUCGCCAAGAAGGGCGCCCGCAGAAGCCGGUUUACAAGGGAGCUUUCCCGGACAACCGGUUCGGCAUUCGUCCCGGCUAUCGCUGGGAUGGCGUCGAUCGCUCCAACGGCUUCGAGAAGAAGUGGUUCGAAAUGAUGAGCAAGAAGAAGGCCGUUGAGGAGGAAGCUUAUAAAUACAGUGUGGAAGACAUGUGAAUAUUUGUAAGUAUUCUUUAUUGAGACGUUUUUUCAAUACUGUAGGUAUAAACUUAACUAUACAGUUUGGUUCAGUUUUCCUUAUAUAUCACCACUGUCCCUGCGAUGCUUCCUCUUCGAUAUACAUAUUACUAUGUUUUUAAUGACUACUUACGACGCCUCUUCAAUCACGUAGGAUUUCCUUCAGAGAUUAUGUUACUAAUUCUUCCACUGGUUUCUCCAGUUGUUAUUCUAGCAAAGUUUUUAAAGAUUCCUACAGGAAUACCUCCAACAAAAGAAAAUAACCAAAGGCUUAUCCCAGAAUUUUUUAAAAAAAUGACAAUAGAUUUUUCCAGAAAACCCUACUAUAAUUAAUCAAACACGCAGCGAAAACAUUUUUAAUGUCAACAAAAAUCUGUAUCAUUUCAACCAUUUUUCUGUAUUAUUUGCCGGCUUAUAAUAUCCUUUCAUUGUUUUAAUAACAACAAGCAGUUCAGUUUAAAAAUAUUAAUUGUUGAAUUUGACAGCUGGGUCCAAUGCGGUUCAACAAGAUUAA